AUGGUAUACACAGUUGGUGAUAAAGAAGAUAUCAAAGCUCAUAAAGAGUAUCACCAAAUAAAAUUAUUUCCAACCGUCCGGCUACCAAGAGGACGCCAUGAAAAUAUCAUCAUGGAAAAUUUCGAUGGUUCUCGAGUGACGGAAAUACUUACUACUCUUCGACUUGGAAAAUCCUUUUACGAACGAAUAUCAACACUGAUAAGCCUUGACCUUGGUUACGAUCUACCAUCAGAAGACAGUAACCCCCAUCAUGUUAAGUUGUCUAAUACCUUACAUCCCGACUGGCGUGUUUUCGUCUACGUAAAGGAUCGAACACAAUUAGUCGUGGGUUGUUGUAUUGUUGAGGAACUAACUGCAAAGAAGAUAUCAGAAAAGGGUUACAAACUGAACAGACUGAUUGGUGGACGGAAAAGUCUCUUAUCUUGGAGUAUUCAGAGUGUCGACCGAAAUGGCGAUCAAUGUGAUUUAAUUUCCUCAAAUCCCGGCCUCUCUUGUGUAAACAUUGACGGACCAAUUUGUGGCAUUCGGCGAAUAUGGGUAGAACGUAAAUAUCGUCGGAAGGGAAUAGCCACAAGUUUAUUAGAUGCUGUGCUACAAAACUUAAUAUAUGGUUUACCACUCUCUCGUACACAAGCAGCUUUUUCCGAACCAACUGCAAAUGGCGCAGAUUUUGCUGUAUCUUACAUAGGCCGAGAAGACUUCUUAAUAUACUGA